AUGAGACCGUUGACUGAAAGUGAGACGACUAUAUUAUUUGAAAAGCUUGCAAAAUAUAUUGGGAAGAAUACUCUGUAUUUGAUUGACCGAGAUGAUGAACCGUAUUGUUUUAUGCUUCAUAAGAACCGUUGUUAUUAUAUUAGUGAGAAGAGAUUACGUUUGGUAACUACGAUUCCAAGGAAAAAACUUGUUUCUUUUGGGACAUGUUUUGGGAAGUUUACAAAGACAAAUAAAUUUCGAUUACAUGUUACUGCACUUGAUUAUAUUGCACAAUAUGCGAUGUAUAAAAUAUGGAUCCAGAAAAAAGGCGAAAUGUCAUAUCUUUAUGGGAAUAAUGUAAUUCGUGCUCAUGUAGGUAAGAUGAGCCAAGGAAUUCCAGAGCAUCAUGGUGUUGUUAUAUGUUCGAUGAAUGAUACACCUUUGGGAUUUGCGGUGACAGCAAAAAUAGUUGUAGAUUCAAAGGAUUCACAGCCAACUGACAUUAUUGCAUUUCAUCAGACUGAUAUUGGUGAAUACCUUCGAAAUGAAGAUGAUAUGUUUUAA